AUGAACGCCAAUGGCCCCAUUGGCGACGAUUUGCAGCAACUGGAUCUGCAAUUUGAUUGCUGUUCGAAUGAUUACUAUCCAGAGAACGAGUGCUGCGUUCCCCUCCCCGUUACCGACCCAUCCGGCCUGACCUCCAAUAUCAAUGUCGACCAGUUUACCGCACAGCAGAUUGGUCUGCCAGCGCUCUUCAAGGCCCACCACGACUCACUUCCCCUUCCCCCCCUUCGGCAUCCGGCCCGAGCUUCAGUACUGCACCCACUCCCGAAUUAUCUCCCGCCGAUUACUUCCCCCACCCAGUGCCGUCAUCCUCGGCAGCCUCGUUUGCCUGUCUCUGGAGCGACUGCGGCCGGUGCUUCCCCUCUCUCGGAGAACUCGUCGGACACGUCAACCUUGCACACCUGA